CUUGUGACCACAGUAUCGAACGGGGAUCGGAAGGACACAGACAUGAAGCUGCUACUAAUCUUCGCCGCCAUCUUGGCUUUCUCACUGGCAGAGGAGAAGAAAAAGGAAGAAGUCCUUAAUGACUCUGAAGCCGAAGCAUCAGCAACGAUUGAGCUUAUGAAAGAGGGAGUGGAUUUAAAAGCAGCUGCUAGUACAUACAACUCCUAUGUACCUCCUAGCCAGCGACCUCCUCAUUGGAACGUAAAACCCAUCCAGCCAAUCCAUACAUCUGUACCCGCCAACGUACAGAAUGACUAUUAUGACCACCACCAAUGGAGCACCCCGGUCUACCACCCUCCUACAACCACCACUCCAGUUUCGGUGAUCAAGAACGAGCAAUAUUAUGGUGAAAAUGGACAUUACAAAUACGAAUACCAGAUCGCAGAUGGCACUCACGUCGGAGAAGAAGGUUACUUCACUGACCCCAAGCAAACUGAGGAGAGUCUUGUAAAGAAGGGCUGGUACUCCUACGUCGGUGCUGAUGGCAAGAAGUACACCGUUACCUACUGGGCUGACAAGACUGGCUUCCAUGCGUAUGGUGACCAUCUGCCUACCCCUCCUCCUCCAUACAAGCCACCCGUAGUUGACAACAAGCCUCUUUACGACUACCCAACCCAGACACAGGCGCCAGCAGUCUUCUACCCAACCCAACCAGCUCCAGUGCCCGUGAAACCAAUCUAUGUGCCACCUCAACCUACCCUUCCGCCUGUACAACAGCCAACCUAUGCCCCUCAACCUAGCUACCCCCCUCAGAACUACUACCCUCCCCAACAAACGUACUACCCUCCCCAACAGACGUACUACCCCCAACAACACAACCACGUUUAAAUCAUAAAUAGGUAGUGGUAUAUUUAUAAAGAAAACAACGACCAUAGAGAUUAUUUUUGUAUUAAAAAUGAGAACUGUUGUAUCCUCUGUACUUUAAACUGCAUCGUUUAUAAAUAUUUGAUCAUCAUCAGUCGAAAGUAUUGUGAUAAAGGUUUAACUUUCUUGGACUCAUAAUCGUAUUAAGAUAAUACCGCCAUGAGACCAAGUUUCGCUUAACGCAGGCACAGUAAAAAGUAAUGUCGACCAAAGUAUUCCACUCGCUUUACUUUCAUAUCGAUAUUUCGUAUUUUUCUAAUCGUAUCGAUGAAUUUUAAUGUACAGACACAUUUAGCUCUAUAGGUAUACGAAUAAUAUUACCUCUGAACGAUUUUAGCGAUGUAAAUCGAUGCGAUCGAUUGAAGUCAGUGAUCUUAGUCACGAUUAUGAAUUGUGAAUUCGAUCACUGAUCGAGGUAUGACAGG